AUGAUCUUGACGGACCUCAUCGCCAUGAUCCUCCGCCUGGCGGAGCUGGUCUUCGCCGCCAUUGUCGCUGGCCUCAACGGCGCCUAUCUCCACUCAGUCCGCAACUCGGACAGCUGGAGCCAAGGCCGUUUCAUCUACGCAGAAGUCGUUGCCGCUCUUGCCAUGUUCCUUGCUUUGAUCUGGCUGUUCCCGUUCUCCGGCAGCUUCGUCCACUGGCCUGUUGACAUUGUCAUCUCCAUCUGCUGGUUCAUUGCUUUCGGCCUGAUUGUCAACUUGCUCGGUGGCUCUUGUGGUGGCGCUUUCAACUGGGACAACAUCGCCUUCCGGGGUGAUGACCAGUGCGGCAAGUGGAAGGCUGUCAUCGCUUUCUCUUUCCUGUCCGCCAUCUGCUGGCUCGUCUCGGCCGUCAUCGGCAUCAUCUGGGUUCGCGACCACGAAAGACGUCAGUACCGACGUCGCAACUGGGGCUCUAGAACCAGUCGUGUUUAG